UUCUAUAGGCAGAAAGAAAGAUCAGAGCUGACUAAAGGUAGAAAGGAGCCUGAGGGGAGAGAAGAGAUGGGAUGUCUUCUUACAGAUCUUUUUCUCCUGAUGCUGUUGCCAGUGCUCUCAGGAGAGACUAAGUUGAUGGUGCAGCAAGAGGAACAAAUCAAGGUGGACUCGGGUAGCAAAGUGAACAUAGAUUGCCAAGUCAUCUGGACCCACUGGGAGCAAUUCCGAGUAGAGUGGAAGAAGGAUGGCAAAGAAUUGUACCAGUCUCUGCCCAUCAGUCAGAACUCUAGCCGGUUAUAUGGAGUUCCGGAAACAUGUCGGUCCUCAGACGGAACAAUACCAUCACCUUGAGUCUGGAUGAUGUGAAUGUUAAUGACAGCGGGCACUAUGUGUGUCAUAUGACAAUGGAAAUCCCAGAGCUCCAGAUGGCUGAAGGCAAUGGGACACAUCUCAUAGUCUCAGAUUUCUUCACAAGCAGCUGGAUCAAAGGCUUUCCAGAUUUUUUCUUAUGGCUGCUGGUGGCGUGUGUCAUGAUAGGAUUGGGGGCUGUGUUGGGAAGAAUGAUCUGGAGAUGCUUUAGAAGAAGCACAGACUCUGAGAACCACUUUUAUGGCAAUGUUCUCUAUUUCCACAAAGAAACUAAGGGGAUCACGCCAAGCAAGGACAAGCCUCUGCAAUGGUCACCAGAGAAAAAGAGAGGAGAGAGCAUCUACUCUGCUGGUCCCCAACUCCCAUCCCCACCCCCUAGGGCGUAGUCCCCUGGAACCGUCCCCUGCCCACUCCAACCUGCAUCAGGCUAGUUCUUAGCCAAUAAAACCAGCUUGCUCCCUGCCCCCAACCCUCACUUAACCUAGGAUUUCUUUGCUCAGUCCAGUGAGGUGUGGGGGAGAGUCAGCCUUCCUGAGAGUGGGAAAGUGAGGGAGGACUAAGGUUUCCCAGAAGCUGGGAGGUUGCCUCUUUAGCUAAGUCAUAGAGGAUAGGAUCCAAUGCUCAAAGACGAGCCAGAGCUACAUUUUUGGAAAUGGACACACAAGAAGGUUAUACUUGACUCUGCAUAUUUGUAAUAAAGGAUUUAUUUUUUUAUUUGUUUUUAGGGGGGGAGGAGGAGAAAAUGGAGAAAAUAAAUGCUUGUUGAUUGAAAAAUAAAGUGAAAAAACAAAAGAACCAA